AAAUUAUUAAAAUAAUUUUCGUCUGUCUUCGACCAUAUUAUGGUCAAAUCGUCUAGUACACUGAGCUAUGCUAGUAUUAGCUAGUAUGCUAGUAUCACAGUAUGAUAGUAUUAACUCAGAGCUCAAUGGCUAGUAUAGUUCAGUAAUGUAGUAUAUGUGGGUGUAUGUAAAAAGAAAUUGUCAAGAUGGCGUCCAGUUCUGCAGGAAAAAUACAACAAAUUACCUACGAGAAACGUCUGGAGAUUCUCCAGAAAUUAGAAGAAGGUGUCUCUCCGGAUAAACUCGCUGCUGAAUAUGGUCUCCACAAAAGAACUAUACAAAAAUAUCGAAAAAAUGCGACGUCGAUUCGUCAAUUUUCGGAUUGUACUAGUUGUUUACAUUCGAAAAGAAUUCGACCAGUGCUACACGGAAUUGUUGACAGUCGGUUGUACACCUGGGUUAUGGAGAGGCGAGCGUUAGGAGAUGUUCUGACGAAUAAUCUCUUGCAGAAGAAAGCGAUGGAAUUGCAUAUAGAAUUCGGUGGUCCCUCAAAUUUUGUGGCGAGCAACGGUUGGCUCGAGUGUUUUAAGAGAAGACACAAUUUACGUCUUGGUGGUGUCUACCGAGAGUGGGUUGGCGUGAAUGCAUUUGCUCCAGAGAAAUUUCCAGAGGAAUUAAAUCGUAUAUUAACAGACGAAGAUAUCUUUGAAGAUGAUGUCUAUGUUAUGGAUGUGAUGAGCUUAAUGUGGAAAGCUCUUCCGCAAAGACUACUGCUUCAUGAAGGUGAACAAUGGGUGAACAGCAGAAAAAUAAAAAAAGAUUGUAUCACUGUGGCACUUUGUGCCAAUACUACUGGCGCGCACAAACUGCCAAUCCUCUUUGUACACAAAUAUGCAAAUCCAAGAGCAUUAAAACAUUGUAUGCAACUUUUGCCAGUGGUAUACAAAAAUGAACCAAAUAGCUGGAUUACUGAACCUAUUUUUAACGAUUGGUACACCAAUUAUUUUAAACAGAGUGUAAAGGAAUACCAGGUGCAACAGAAUCGCGUAGGGAAAGUAUUACUGUUAGUGAACAAUUCGAAAGGACUCAUACUCUCUGAAGAAGCACUGGAAGAUUGUCAAUUUAAGCAAAUGUUUCUGCCAUCCAAUACAACUUCAAGAAUGCAACCCAUGGACCAAAGUAUAAUUACUAAAUGCAAAAAGUUAUUCAGGCACAAACUACUUUGUCGGGUAUUGCAGCAUGACAUAGGAGUUCAACAAUUUUAUUUGGAUUAUGAUAUAAAAGACUGCAUCGAUAUGAUUGCAGAGGCAUGGGACAUGAUAACAGCAACAACCAUUCAAAAUUUGUGGAGACAUAUUUUAUGUCGAUCGUCUUUGGAUAACACUUCUGAAAGACAGGAUUCAAAUGACUGCGUACCAGAAGAUAUGCAACAAUUUGGUGAAAUAAUUAAUGAGAAUGACAUUACGGAAUGGAUUUCCGAAUGUGAGAAAGAAGAAUCCAUAGUGAUAAAAGAAGACAACACGGAUUCGCAACAUAGUGAAAUAGAAUCAGAAAUUGAUUAUAUAUUUCACGGACUGGCUAUCUGGGCGGAAACCAAGCCAGAGUUUAUCAAAUUAAACGCCAACAUUUUAAUAGAUUAUUUCAAACAAAAAUAAUACGUUUUUGUACAUAAUUAAGGGUGUAAAUAUAAAUUUAAAAAAUCCUGACCGCGCUACGGAAAUACGCAGUCGCUUUUAGCUGAGCUACGUGUUGCGCGACAAAAGGUGCGCAUAAAACUAUUAUACCGCUGAGUACUCGACGUACUUAGUCAUUAAUUGGCACCAUGAUUUAAUUUCAUUAACUGUAUUUAAAUCAUACUUUUCUCGUAUCAUCAUUUUGUUUACUAUUUUUAAUUCUUUGCACUUGGAGCUAUUUCGUUACAGAAUGUGCUAACAGGAAUCAUGUUGUAUUAAAUAAUGUAACUUCUAAAGCACAUAUUAGAAAGUUUCUAUCUUUUAGGUUGCAAUCUUAGACUUUCUUGUUUAUAUGCACAAAUUGUAUCAU